GCCGCGCCCCUCGCAGGGCGCUUGGGUAGUCGGCAGCCAAUAGGCGUCCGUCUUGCUGCCCAGUGGCGCGGCGGCGGCGGCUGGGAUCUCGGCUUCGGCCAGCAUGAUCCGGAUCGCCGCGCUCAACGCCAGCUCGGCCGUGGAGGACGACCCCGAGGGAACCCUCAAGAGCCACAAGUCGCAGACCAAGGAGGCGCAGGAAGCAGAAGCCUUUGCCCUCUAUCACCAGGCACUGGAUCUUCAGAAACAUGACCUCUUUGAAGAGUCGGCCAAGGCCUACCACGAACUGCUGGAGACUCAUCUGUUGCGCGAAGCAGUUGCAUCUGGAGAUGAGAGGGAGGGGUUGAAGCAUCCAGGCUUGAUGCUGAAGUAUUCAACUUACAAGAACUUGGCCCAGCUGGCUGCCCAGCGAGACAACAUCGAGACAGCUAUGGAAUUCUACCUGGAGGCUGUGCUACUUGACUCCACGGAUGUCAACCUAUGGUAUAAAAUUGGCCAUGUGGCCCUUCGGCUUACUCGCCUGCCCCUGGCACGGCAUGCUUUUGAAGAAGGGCUUGCAUGUAAUCCAGAUCAUUGGCCUUGUUUAGAUAACCUCAUCACUGUCCUCUACACCCUCAGCGACUACACAACGUGCUUAUAUUUUAUUUGCAAAGCGCUGGAAAAAGAUAACUCUUACAGCAAAGGACUUGUUAUUAAGGAGAAGAUCUUUGAGGAACAGCCGUGCCUCAGAAAGGACUCCUUAAGGAUGUUUCUGAAAGGUGACCUGCCAGUGUGUGAUGUGCCUGUGAGUGCCUCAGAAACACAAACAAUCCUAGAGGAAGCCCUGGAGCUGCGCAGGAAAAGGCAGGCUUUGAUGGCACGGAAGAAUGAGCCAGAUCUCAAGCUUGCCCAGCCUAUCUCUUUGUUCACCUGGAAAUCUCUAGGAGAGAGUUUGAUGGCCACUUACUUGCAUCUCACAACUUGUGAGCCACCUCGUCCAAGCUUGGGCAAGCAAAUUGAUCUCUUGGAAUACCAAGAUCUGGACCAGCAUCUGGAGAGCCAGGCAAAUGUAGCCCCCGUCAGUGUUCUUCACCCCAGCCCUGUCAGUUCCAACCCACUGGUGCCUUUGACUGAACCUCUCCUCACGUAUACACCACUGACUCCUAACUUCCCCAGUUUGACUGUACUGGAAUCAGUAAACUCUGCAGGUGAGGAAGAUGCAAGAGGCAUCACAUGAAUGGGAAGUCCUAUUCUCUUGCUGAAUAGUCUGUCCUUCACUGAAUAAUCUGUGUGUGUGUGUGGCGAGGGGGAAAGGUGGCCACUUAGUCUUAAUUACCACUUGGAUGCAGUGAGGGUUAUUUUUUUUUACUUUACUUUAUUUUAUUUUACUUUAUUAUUUUAUUUUACUUUAUUAUUU